AUGUCCGACGACGAUGAUUUCAUGCACGAUAGCGACGAGGAGUACGAUUUUGAAUACGAGGACGCCGACGAUGACGAGACGCAAGACAUUGGAAUCGAGAACAAAUACUACAAUGCCAAGCAGAUCAAGAUCGAUAAUCCCGAGGAGGCGAUCGACGAGUUCCUGGGAGUGCCCGCCCUGGAACAGGACAAAGGAGAUUGGGGCUUCAAAGGGUUGAAACAAGCGAUUAAGCUGGAGUUUAAGCUGGGGAAAUACAGUGAUGCCGUCGAACACUACAGGGAACUCUUAACAUAUGUCAAGUCCGCCGUUACGCGAAAUUAUUCCGAAAAGUCGAUCAACAACAUGCUGGAUUAUAUCGAAAAGGGCUCGGAUGACGACAAGGCGUAUCAGUGCAUGGAGGAAUUCUACUCGCUCACCCUUAACUCCUUCCAGAACACAAACAACGAGCGAUUGUGGCUCAAGACAAAUAUCAAACUGGCCCGCCUCUGGUUAGAACGAAAGGAGUAUGGCCAGCUAAGCAAAAAAGUCAAAGAGUUACACCGGGCUUGUCAGAAGGAGGAUGGAUCGGAUGACACCAGCAAGGGCACAUAUCUACUGGAACUAUACGCGCUAGAGAUCCAAAUGUACGCCGAGACGAAGAACAACAAACGACUCAAAGCCCUGUACCAGCGCGCUCUUCGUGUGCGAUCGGCGGUGCCGCAUCCCAAGAUCAUGGGGAUUAUCCGAGAAUGCGGGGGCAAAAUGCACAUGAGUGAGGAGAAUUGGGAAGAGGCGCAGAGCGAUUUCUUUGAAUCGUUCCGAAACUACGACGAGGCGGGCUCGAUGCAGCGGAUCCAGGUGCUCAAAUAUCUCGUGCUGACCACCAUGCUGAUGAAAUCGGAUAUCAAUCCCUUUCAUUCGCAAGAGACGAAACCAUACAAGAACGACCCCCGCAUCUCUGCCAUGACCGAUCUAGUGGAUGCAUUCCAGAGAGACGACAUUCACGCAUACGAAGACGUGCUAAGCAAGAACCCGGACGUCUUGGCUGAUCCUUUUAUUGCAGAGAAUAUCGAUGAGGUCAGCAGGAACAUGCGCACCAAGGCCAUUCUAAAACUGAUUGCACCUUAUACCCGGUUCACACUCAGGUUCAUCUCCAAACACAUUAAGAUCUCGGACACAGAGGCGCAGGACAUUUUGAGCUUCCUCAUUCUUGACAAGAAGCUCAACGCCAAGAUUGACGAGGAAAGUGGGACGGUCGUGGUCGAAAGCAAGAGCACAAGCGACGUGGAUCGACUCCAGUCCCUGGAAGAGUGGAACGAAUCUCUACGAGCGCUCUGGCAAGCGACUCUCAACGACGGCGACGGAUUCAAAAACGAAGAUGUAUCGCAGGGUCUCAGCGCGUUUCCGCCGGGAUAUGGGAUGCGAAGUGGCAUGCUCUACCAAUCGGCCUUUUCUAACGAUGUUACUACAGGGGGUCUACGUUCCAGCCACCGAUUCCGGAGAGGGGCUAAGGGUAGUAGCAGAGCAGGAUCAGGACAUGGGACCAAGACUGACCCGGAUGAUGACACCUUUUAA